GGAAGAGCGUCCUGGGUUUGAGGCCAGUCCGGUUAUAUACUGAGUUCAAGACCAGCCUGAACUGCACAGUGACAUUUUGUCUGAAGAAGGAGGAGGAAGAGGAGGAGGAGGAGGAGGAAGAAGAAAGAAGAAGAAGAAGCAUGGACACUGUUGAGGUCUUCAAUGGCAUCCGCUUCCCAGGGUUCAUACAUACCCAAGAGUCUCUGCGUGCGGCAUGCAGUUUCCUGUUCCAGGACAAGGACAUCCUGCUGGUGACGUUCCCCAAGUCAGGGACCACGUGGAUGCAGCAGGUGCUGAGCCUCAUCUUCUGUCAGGGCCACCUCUGGCCCAUCCACCACAUCCCCAACUGGCAGCGUGCGCCCUGGCUGGAGCAGAGCAACCUCGUCAAAAUGCUUGGCAGCCUAGACCCCGGCCAGCCUCGCCUGCUCACCUCCCACCUGAAUGCUGAGGCUCUCGGGCCUGCAGUCCUGCGCUCCAAAGCCCGGGUGAUAUACAUGGCACGGAACCCCAAGGACGUGCUCGUCUCCUUCUACCACUUCCAUAAAUUGGCCAACUUCCUGCCAGACCCCAACUCCUUUGAGGACUUUGUGGAUGAGUUUCUUGAAGGCAAAGGCUUCUUCGGCUCCUGGUUUGAGCACGUGAAGGGGUGGCUGGGUCUGAAGCCGGACCUGAACAUGCUCUUUGUCACAUACGAGGAACUGCACCAGGAGCCCCGAACCACCCUGCAGAAGCUCAGUGACUUCCUGGGCCAUCCACUGAAAUCUGAGGAAGAGGACUUUGUCCUGGAGCACUGCAGUUUCUCCUUCAUGAGCCAGAGCAGCAUGGUCAACUACAGCUUGGUGCCCAAAGAGGUCAUGGACACCAGCCGGGGCCGCUUCCUGCGGAAAGGUGUCAUGGAGGACUGGAAGAAGCACUUCUCUCCAGAGCAGAAUGAGAAGUUCAAUGCCAUCUACCAGGCCAAGAUGGGCGACUUGGGCCUCCACCUCCCUUGGACCAUGGACUGAUCCCAGCCAUCCCACGGCUUGCCCUGCAUAGAGUCCCAAACUCCUUAGGUGUGCCAACCCCAAUGGCAAUAAACAUAGAGUCGAGGGGCUCGACUUGGUCAGCGGCUGUCUGUGCCUCCCCUUUGCUCCCCACUGCACCCCAAUGGAGCUGCUUCGGUGUGUUCCUCUGCCACGUCCCACUCCAACGUGAAUACACCCCUGCAGGCAGCAUUGCACACUCCCCGCUUUAGCAACUGGCCAUAGCUCUGUCCCUGGGGAAGGACAGCGAGAGGAUGAGAAAAUAAAGAAAAGACGUAAAA